CUACAUCUGUGACCUACUGAAACCGUAUGCGCCCAAAGGAGUCAUCGAUCUGCACUCUCGAAAUGCUGUUGAUGUCCUCUUGUCGUUGGUUGAAACAAAGUAUGGAGCCAAAGAUGACAUUUUCACAAUCCUUGCAAGCAGCAGUUUCUGGCAACUCGUCUUCAAGGCAGAAGGGCAGAUGGUCUCAGAACUGCACAACAACAAGGUAUACAAGGCAGUGGAAACCAAACUGAGCUGUAUCGAGCAUGAGUUCUUAAACAAGAAAGUCACUGUUAGGUUGAUCAACAAGCUUGAACAGUCGGGAGCUCGCGGUACCUUGGCACAACUUUGCAAGGUUGCAAAUACGGGUGCCGACUUUGCAGAGAAUAAGGAUCAGACAUUCAAAGAACCUCUGGAAAUUCUUCAAUUCCAUCAACAAGUCCUUCACCAACUGGAAACAUUCUUGGUUUUUUGCGGUAAGUUUACAACGAUUCUGAGUGGAAAGGACCUGGAGAUGAUGAGAAAAGAACUUUCCACACGAAGGCAACAUAUUGAUGUACACAGUCAAACAUGUUUGAUGAGUCUUGUUGAUCCCGGAUACUGGGGGUUCUUAACACCUCUCCUGGAAACUGCAAAAGACACUUUGAAGAUAUCAGAUUCAACUGUGUUCUUUAACAUUUGCAAUUCUUGUGUUGAGAACAUCCAAACAACACAGCUCGGCAGUGCCCCUCUUACAGCUCAAGAUUCUUCCUCAGAUAAUGACUUGGAAGUAGAUGUAGUAUCUGAUGCAGAGGAUGAAGAUCAGCUCGAAGACGAACCUGAAUCGAUGUCUCUGAAACUUGAUGAGUUCUCUGAGUUAGUUUCAUCAAAAUGUCUGCCUGCGUAUUAUGAACUUCGUUCGGAUAUUGACGCAGGGUGUAAGACCAUGACAGUUUGUAACAUGAAAAUCUUGUUUGAUGGAGUUAUCAAGACUGAGGUACUCAACCGAGAGCUUGAAAUCAUGCAGAUUCAUAAAAGUAACUCAAAACAAUCAUUGGACUACCUAAAGAGUUGGAUUAACCUGGAAGAUUUUGUGGAGUAUUCAAAACAAUUGCGGUCUCUGUUCAAGACGUUUGAAGUACCUGACCAGAAAGCUGGUGACCUUCUGACUAAUGUUGAGCUCUUGCUCAAUAUCUUUGACUCUGACAAUGAUGAGAAGACGCUUCGAGAAGUUCAUAUGGCAGUAAAGUCAAUUGAAGAUGUGAAAAAGAAGUUUAAUGAUGAGGAUUGGUGCACAAUGCAUGAGCUAGUUCACUCAAAAGACUUGAUUCAGUUCCUGAAGCCAAUCAUUGACGAUGACCUAAGAAAUCUCACAGACGCAGUGGAGGAGAGGUCUGAUUCUUUAGUCAACGAGUCCACUGUGUCAGAUCUUAUAGAAGUACAGCGGUACAUGGGAUCCUUUCUGAGAAUUGAAGUCAUAGACACACCGAAGAAGCUUAUCGAUGCCAUAGCCAAGAGUAAACAACUAGAAAUCAAGAAUGUGUCUGAAAAGAUCAGAACAUGCAAUGAACAUUUCCAUGCCCUGAAGAAUCUGUACAACAACAUUGCUCAGCGAGGAGAGAUGACAAAGAAAAUAAUCAGAAAUGCCCUUGACAAGGGCUCGUACGAAUUCGUCUUGAGCAAAGAUGGGGAGUUGUGCAAGGUGUCUAUGAGCUACACAAGGGAUGAUGAAACCUCUGCCACAUACGAGCAAGAUGAGCUGAAUGAUUUACGAAGUCGAGCGCUUCUCAUGGUGAACUCAAGAAUGUCUUAUCAGCCUGAAAGAAGAGAAGGGAGUAAAGAUGAUGGUCGUUUGUCAAAAAAUCUUCAGGAAUUUGUACAGUGCAUAGAUGAGGUGAAUGAAAUUGUUAAGCUCUGUUCUCGGCUUGCUAAUUCUGGUCAUUACCACUUCAGACAAUUCCAUGAUAGUGUCAGAGAUCUGGAGAGUCUCCUCUCACUGAAAGGCCGCUUGAAAAGAGAAGAUUCCAACUGGAGGGUCAUUCUGGAGGAUGCAAGGGGCGAGUUCUACUUCUUGAAUUUCUUCCAUGCGAAACAACUAUGGCUGCUAGAUCAGUUCUUUAGAGGAGAAGUUGAUGCCAGGAGGGAAGUUGUAAAUCUCUUCCACUAUGUCAACCCUGACAUCUGUGUGGACAUCAACUUGAGAAAGUGUUAUGAAUCACUAGAUGACACUGAGGAUUUGAGGAUGCGUGUUUUCCAGAUUGGUGCAGCUCUCCAGGAAGUCUUUUCAGGAGAGGUGUCGCAGGUUCGAGACAUUGUGUGUCUGAAACCUCAUCAAAAGGCAACUGUCGAAACAACUGUCCAACGUGGAACUGUGUUUGUAGCAGAGUUAGACCCAGACAGCACUAACUCUAUUCCAGUGCUCAUGACACUGCUAAGGAACACAACUGGAAAGUACCCCCAGCCAAAUCAUGUGCUUUUCUGCCAUUCGGAAACCACAUGGGAGGAGGUGUACCUUUUAUUACAGAGGUGUCGCAAAGCAUCUACAAUGCCACAAAAUGAUCUGUAUGCACUAAUAAAUGUUGAACAGCUGACAACAGAGAUCCAAUUUAUGCUGGUAGAUGAGGUGAGGAGAAUUCAGGAAGAGGAAUGUUCUUUCCUGUUGGCCAUAAUUUGUCGUGGGGGUUGUCAUCACCACAUUAUUGAUCAAUUUUCUCCGCAUUACACUCACAGAAUACAAGGAAUGACAUCCAAUGAAAUGCAAGACUGUCUUGAGCAGGGUUGGCCAGAUGUUGAAGUAAUCACUUCUGAGGUUCCUGGGCUUGGAAAAUCGGAGUACAUAUCUUGCAGAGCAUCAGAUAAGGGGAAAAGUUGUCAUUUAUUACCGAUGGGAGGACCACAGACAAAGAUUGAUCUCGUCCGUCAGUUGUUGCAGAGGCCUCCAUCAGAGUUUCAACUGCUUCACAUUGACAUAAGAACAACAUCCGACCCAAGCUUGAUCGAUUCCUUCAUUUUUGAGCUUUUGGUGGUUGGCAUGGUGGUUGCAGGAACCUAUUUGUGUGAGUUAAAUGUGAGUGACAUCUUGAUUGAAAUUGCAAACACUCAACAGAAUAGCCUUAGCGACUCGCUCACAAACUGCUGUAACUUUAAAAGACGUCACAUUGAAUGGGACAACUAUGAGAGUUUCCUGGUGAGUGAGGAGGUUAACAGCCCGGUGCAAGUUGUGUGCAGCUACUUAAAAGCAGUGAAUGAUGGAUCACUUGAUGCAAAGCAGAUAACCUUUUCCAGUUCAUCAAAGGGAUCACUGCUCCCAGAGGAUAAGUGCAGGCAUCUCUUAAGAACCCACUUCUCUCCAACAUCCAAGAUGGCGUUUACUACUGUUAAUAUGUUCCUGAAUGUAUUAGCUACAGAGCUGAAGAAACUGUCAGCCUCUCAUUACUUCACUGAAGACGCUCUGCGCGCUAUGCUUGGGAAAGAUGUACAUUGUGUUCGAUCGGACCUGUUCAAAGCACUUGAUGCUGUCGCUCAAGAAUUUUCAUCUCGCUCUGUAGAGACCGGUGGUACACAGUCAACGACUGGUAGAGACGCAGCAGAAGCUUUGAAUGAACAUAAUCAAGGUCCAUCAGUUACUGCGAAGAAAAUGGUGGCACGUGUGAAAGGCAUGGUGCAGUGGGCAGACAGUAAUCACCUCAUGGUAGUCUUCAACCAGCAAGACACUCAAACAUUGUCAACUCUCUAUCGUCUCUUAAGUCAGGUCCCCAAAAGUGUAAAGAAUCUGUUCGAACAGCAACUUGACAAAAAGCUACCCGACUACCAGGAAAUGUUACAAGAACAACUUCAAACAGUCCUGGAGAAAAUCUGUCGAAACACUAGAGAUCCAUUUCAAAGGAGCAAACUUGGCCAUUUGGACAAAGGGUAUGCACUGACUCCAGAUAACUUAAUGAAGAUGGUCUUGAUUCAUAUGAGGAUUAAGUCUCGGAUCCCAGUUGUCAUCAUGGGUGAGACUGGAUGUGGGAAGACAACUCUGAUUACGUAUCUUGCACGUGUUUGCGAGGUACCUUUCUAUGUACUCAAUUUUCAUGCAGGAAUUGAAGUUGAUACCAUCAUUGACUUCAUCCAUAGCAAGAAGAAAGAAGCCGAAGAAAAUCUUGAUGGCCAAAUAUGGUGCUUCCUUGAUGAAAUCAAUACCUGUGAUCACCUAGGACUUCUGAGUGAAGUUAUUUGCCACCAAAGUUGUCGUGGGGAACCGUUGCCAAUCAACCUUGUUUUUCUGGCAGCAUGUAACCCAUACUCAUUGCGCCAGGGAGACAUCCAGACUGCCGGAUUAACCGAUAAACUUGUCACUGAUGAGCAGUCAAAGUUGGUGUACAGAGUAAACCCCCUGCCAGAGGCAUUGAUGGACUAUGUGUGGGACUAUGGUGCUCUGGAUGCAAAAGAUGAAAAAGCGUACACUGAGAGAAUGAUCAAGGGUAAUAUCAGUGAUGAUUUAGUGCCUCUUUUUGUGGAGCUUUUGAUAAUGUCACAGGAGUUCAUAAAAAACACUAUGAAGAACAAUUACAGUGUAAGCCUGCGAGAUGUCAAUAGGUGCAAAUAUCUUGCCCGUUGGAUGACUGGUAUGCUGAAGGAAAAAAAGCUUGCCAAAGUCAAGCACCACAACAAGUGUGAUCAAGAAUAUGAAAUUAGGGCGAUAGUUCUCGCCCUGGCACACUGCUACCAUUCUCGGUUAACAACAGCUGAUGACCGGAAAAUGUACAGAGAGGAGAUGUCCAAAAUCUUCAAAGGGAAGAAUUAUACUGAAUUUUCUGAAGGACACAUUGAAGAGGUGAUCAAAGGCGAACAACUUGACAUUCUCAACCGAAUGGAAUUGGAGGAGGGAAUUGCUAAAAAUGAGGCACUGCGAGAGAACGUGUUCGUUGUCCUUAUUUCUAUUCUUAACAGGAUCCCUGUGUUUCUGGUUGGGAAACCGGGAUGCAGCAAGUCACUGUCAAUGCAGCUCAUUCGCAGUAAUCUGAGAGGACCCGACUCAAAGGACAAAUACUUCAAGAAACUACCUGCUGUCUAUGUCGUCUCCUACCAGGGAUCAGAAUCGUCAACGUCAGAAGGAAUCAUCAAAGUCUUUGAGAAGGCAAAGCGCUACAAGGAGCACAAUCCAGAUAUCAUACCGGUCGUCCUCCUAGAUGAGAUAGGUCUGGCAGAGAACUCCUCCUUCAACCCGCUCAAGGUUCUUCACAGCUUGUUAGAGCCAAGCACAGGUGAUUUUCCUGAGAUGGCAGUUGUUGGGAUAUCAAACUGGGCACUGGAUGCUGCAAAGAUGAAUCGAGCUGUACAUCUAUCCCGACCAGAACCAAAUGAAGAUGAUCUGUUUGAAACAGCAAAGUCCAUUCGAGAUGAGAACGCAAAACGGAACGGAAGCAAGACUAACAGCAAACAGAAAGAAGAGAAUAACUUGCUGCUGAAGAAACUAGCUGAGGCUUACCACUCUCACCAUCAGUCCCAGGCACGUAAGAACUUCCAUGGUUUAAGAGAUUACUAUUCACUUAUCAAGAGUAUCGCCUUGUCCUCAUCACAACAAGACGCAGCCAAUUCCUUGGAGAUUGGUCUUCUUCGAAACUUUGGAGGAAAUCAAAAAGCUAUGACAGGUAUAAUGAACAACUUUAUGGAUACAAUGGAUGUUGACCAAAAUCCUGAUUCAAGACCAACGACCAUUAAGCUGAUAGAAGACAAUCUGGAGGAUAGGUUUGCCCGCCACCUGAUGCUAAUAACAAGUGGAGAUUCUGCAUUAAGCAUCAUUGAGGAAGUAUUAAGUAAGAUGAAGAAAAGGUACAUAUCCCUUCUUGGAAGUCGGUUUGAUGAUGACCUCUCUGAGGAAUACAAUUAUCGUAUCCUGAGUGAGAUCAUUCUUUGCAUGGAAGAAGGUUACAUCCUUGUGUUGCGAGACCUGGAUAACGUGUACAGUAGUCUCUAUGACAUGCUGAAUCAGAACUACACCAUCGUUGGUAAGAAGCGGCAUUGUCGUGUAGCUCUGGGUGCUUACAGUAAUCCGAUGUGUCAGGUUCAUCAAGAUUUCAGGUGCAUUGUUGUUAUAGACCAGCAGAAUGUUGACUACUCUGAUCCACCAUUGUUGAACAGAUUUGAGAAGCAAACACUCACAUUCAUGGAUGUUGUGAAUGAUCAACAAAAGGCUGUCAUUGCUUCACUGCGGAAGUGGGUUGAAGACAUCUCAACAAUUCCCAACAUGCAGUUUACUCCAAAGCAAGCAUUCUUGGGCUACCACAAUGAUACCCUCCCCUCAAUCGUGUUUUCCCAAUGUCGAGAUGUAAAGCCCGAAGAUAUGGAAGUGGAUCAAAUUGUACAUCUGUGUAAAAAUGAUCUUGUAAAAAUUGCUCCACCCGAUGCAGUUCUAAGGUCAUCAAAGUCAAACCUUGCCGUGGAUGAAGUAGUCAGCUUCCAGGACCAGUAUCUCAAACUCCCAGUAAAUGGUGGUUUAAGGCAUUAUUUGAGGUUGUUACUUUCCCAUGAGGUGAAAGACAUGGAACAGGCAGCACUUAUUGAUGAAUCUCUGCAUGACAACCCAUUGAAGUUGAUUGUGUAUACCUUCAGCAGCAUUCACACUGAUCUUCGUUCUUGUCUGGCAGACAUGCCAGACAUGCCAAGUUUCCAGGUAGAGAAACUGAGCAAGUUCAAGUCAGAACGACAACUGAAUGCGGCACUCCAACAAUUCAAUGACAGCAAGGAUGAAUUGUUUAUCCUUCAAUGUAAGACAUCUCUAGAUGCAAAGCAUAUGCUUCUUGCUAAAUGCCUCAUAGACCGGUGGAUGGCCAAGUACAAGACGGACGAAAUGUAUGGAGGAGUCAAACAUGCUUGCAUAAUUGUUCAUGUAGAACGAGAUCAAGAAGGGAUGACAUCAAGUUUUCCUUGGCAGUUUAACUUCCUGUGCGGCUGGCAACAAGUCACAUUAGAUGUACUGGAGGAACCAGAUCUUCAGAUUGAAGAAAUCAUUAAGAUGUCAAUAGAAGACAUUUGUGCCAAGACACUUGAUAUUGGUAAUGUCAUUAAGGACAAACUACUUUGGUGUUUCUCAUGUAUCUUAUAUACUGAUCAGUCUAAAGAUGUCAAAGAAAUUCUCGAGUUGAUCAGACGAAUCACCGAGUCUCCGCAGCUCAUUGACUGUUUCCGCAGAACGGUUUUACAGGACAUCCAGAAAGAUGGAGUUGUUGAUGAAUCUGGAAUUAACAAGGGAGCAUGGCAGGUUUCUGUUGCAUGUGAACAUGAGUUGCUUGUUGAAUGUUCUAGCUUCAACUAUGCCCUUGUGGAGCACGUGAAACGCAAAAUUGGACAGCCACUCUUCAAGAUUGUGUUCUUUUUGGAGAGACACAAUGCUUGGAACAGCUUCUUCAGUCAGGCUCAACAAAAAGGCGUUUGGAAAACAAUGUUCUGUAAUCCCUUGAUCUUCGAUGUUCGAUCACACGCACUUCCUGACCCAAAUGGGGUAGAAUCUUGCCCAAUACAUAGAACACUUCCGCUGCUGGAAUUUCCUUUCUUCAGCAAGCUGUAUGACAUCAUUGAAGAACAUCUGAAAUGCUUGACGGCAGAUGCAAGGGAAAAAAUGAUUGCAGAACAUCCCUAUAUUGAUGAUGCCGAGAUGGCUACAAAGUUGACACAAGUCUUACAUGACAGACUACCCGAAGCAAUCAAGUAUGAUUUGGCACAGCAUGUUGAUGAUGAGUUUAUGGAAGAGCAUCUUGACGUGUAUCUGAACGAUCUGUGUAAUGUUUUCUCAGUUGACUGCGUGAGCCAAAUGUCUCAAGAAGCUCGUGUUCAUGCUACCAGGUUGCUUCUCAAAUUGCAGGAUUCUGCAUUAGUGGAGGGUCUGUCAACAAUCGAACAACUGUCUUAUUGGCAUAUUUCUCUUAGAAUGAAGUCUGACCUAGUGGCCGCCGAGCUUCAGCUUCUGCACAUGUACCACGUGACAACAGGGAACGAUUGUGUGCAGUUACUGGGAGUAAUAACAGACUCCGUAGACAGUCAAGAUGUGAAACCAUGUUCUGAUGAUGAAAAGAGUAUUGCCUCUACUGAGGAUUUUUUGGAUGCUAGUGAGGUUUUAGUGUCUGAACUUGAGGAAGAUUUGGAACAUGACCAAGUUUCAGAAGCCUCAUCCUUUCUAUCAGCUUUUGAAAGUCACUACAGUGACGGUUCAGUCACAUCAGAUGAAGCUGAAGGACGUCGAGACAUCCCACUGAAGUUCACUCUAGUUUCUCACGUUUGCAAAUCUCUACUGCCAACCGAUGUUCUCUUGGAACGUUGCCAAAGUCAGAAUAUUUGGGUGAGACGCAUCAACAAUAUUCUGUUGCUAGCAGCUAGCAUUGAGGUGAGACCACAGGAGCUCCGUUACCUUCAUCUUUGCAAAGACUUUGUCAACUUGCUUGCCGUGCCCAAAAAUCUUCCAAAUGACAAAUUGGCUACACUUGGUGAGCUCAUUGCUGACAUUGAUGACAACACUCUUGACUGUGAAAGGGUCUUGGAGUUUCUAUCAGAGAUCAUACAGGAGGUUUCCAAUAAAGAGGCUGAAGAAUCCAUGCAGCAACUGUUUCUGACGAAGUAUUUUGGACGCUGUCUAGAAUCCAACAUUGACACCCCCUUGCUUAAUGAUAUUUUGAGACUGCUUAUCACUGGAAAAGGGGAACUCAUUGAAGGCUCACGACUAGUCUUGUGCCCUGUCAUUCUUGCUGAAAUUGAGGGCAGAGAGCAUCAGUCUGUUUAUACAAAAGUCAUCCAUGAAGGUGUGAAUCCUAACGACUUAUCAGAUAAUCUGGUUACUUUAGACCAGUUGCUUUCGGAACUCCCGUCUGGAGAAAACCACCUAUUUGCAGUUCUCUGUUGUGAUUUGAUUGAGGAGAAUGGUUUUCAUGACCUUACAGCUUUGCGAUUGAUGUCUGGUGGUUCUUCUUCACAUGUGGUGACUGCAAUGAAAGCAUGUCGAUUACUUGAAAAAGCAGAUAAAUGUUCUCUUCAACUUGUCUGUGGUUUGGCGUUCUUGAACAAGCUAUUCCGUGUUUUCGCAGAGUACCUGAUCGACAAUGGUGACACAUUUCCUGAGACGGAUGAAGACUUUGAACUCCUGAAGCACAUUCGUGAUGUGGUGGGUUCCUUGAAAACGUGUAACAGAGAUGUUAAUGCCCAACUAUGGAUCCUGAGGUACCUAUCACAGCAAGACAGCAUUAAUGAUCUGCACAAACUGAUGUCAAGUUUAAGCAGGAAAGUAGAUUUCCUUAAAGGGAUUAGUGUGACUGAUAUAUGCUCCAGCUCUGGCAUUGGCUUCAAUCCUGUGAGCUACAUGGACGUGGGAGGAGAGAUUACCAAGGCCUUGGCAGAUUUGCAGCUGAAUAACAGAAGGGAUGGCAUGAAAGCUGUGAUGGCCAGUCUGAAAUCCACUCCAAAACAACGUGUUGCAUUCAUGGUUGUCCUUGCAGAUUAUUAUUACUUUGCUGGUCAAACAAAAGAUCUUUCGGACUCUAAAAAGUCUCAAACUAAAUGGAUUGUCAAGGAAAUUGAGAAAGUAAGUCUUGACAAAACACCAUGGUGGCAACUCCUGAAGGUUGUCUUAGGAUUGUCUGAUUUCAGGGGAAGAAUGCUACUAUCAAAGCAGUCCAAGGUCAGUGAUGUGAGGCUAGCCUCUGUGCUGCUGCAUAUAUCUGCAGUUGCUGUUGGUAAUCAUUCAGCAGGUCACCAAAUGCGGAACUUCUUGCAGUUUCUCUGUCCAUCUGAAGAACUAAAGGACUUGCAUUUCCCUGGUGCAGCAACAUCAUCCUGGAAAGCAAAUCAACAGGCAAGAUCAGCCAUUUGCAAAUGUAGUCAACUGUUGGUACAGAGCCUGGAGCAGGAUUCACAUAGGGUGAAAUGUCCAACUUGUGGCAGAAAGAUCAACUGGCCAGUCUUGCUGGGAUCUGAUGAUGAGGAAGAGUAUCAAACCGCUAAUGGAUAUAAGUAUCCUCCAGUUGAAUCCUGGGAAAACCUGGAACAAACGGGCAACAUCUCCAUCUUAUCUAGAUUCAUCAUCGACUUCUUGGUCCAUGGAUGUUUGUUCAUUGCAUCCCAACUAUCCCCAGCAGAGUCCAAUGGGCUUUAUGUAUGCACUGCUGCUAAGCUUGAGAUGAGAUUGACAAAGCUCUGGGAUACAAUGCCAGUGAUUCUGAGGGCUGGUCGUCAAGACACAUGUGUGCUUCUUCAUUGUAUCAUUAAGGAAAUCAGCCCGAUGCUCACAGAUACACAGUACACAUUUGUUUCAGCUGCAGAUCGGGACCAGCAGGAGAUUGAGAUAGACAAAGUAGUUCAAAAGAUACUGUGGAAUUCCACACAUUUCAGGAAACAGUUUCUGCAAGAUUCCUUUGAAGCGUUUGGUACACCAGUUGAUAAAUCAAUGCAGCAUCAACUACAGGAGUUGGACAGUAUUGAUGGAGACACAUGCAAGCUGUUAUCAAGAUCCAUGCGUCAAAAACGUCAGCCAUCUCUUGAAGAUCUCAAGGCAUGCUUCUGUGAUAGAAGCAAGAAUGCAGAGCGCUUUCCUUUCCUUCAUCUAGUCUUGUCACAAUAUAAUGCCUUGAAGUACGUUUGUCAUCUACCUGCUUUGCUUGAUUGGAACAAACUAGUAAGUGCUCAACUUAGUCAGCAGCGCGAAAAACGCAGUUAUGCCAAUCGACCAGUCAGCUCUUUGAUUGAGGUUUUUCCAAGUAUGUCUGUUCCCUGGACAGCCUUCAGAGAUGCAGCCAAAGAAGUUUGUGAUGGAUGGACUGAACUUACUGGUGAAACUACGAAGCCUGAUUAUAUCACCAAGGACUCCGAGAUCAUAAAGUGCCUGAUGCCAACAGGGAAAGAGCAGAACACCCUCAAGCAAAUGAUAAAGACUCUACAAGAAGUACAAAACAAAUUCUUGACAAAGGCUCUUGAGAUUGCUGUUACGAAAGAGUGUCCUGCAAUUAGCUUUCUUAUUAAAGAAAACCACAUUGCUGCUCUCCAAACAAAGCCUCUCGAUCAAGUAGGGAAGAAGGACAUCAUAACCAAUCCCUGGAAUGAUCAGUGUCUUUGCUAUCACGACAUCAAUACUGAGUACGGUCAUGGCACAGAGGUCACAUAUCAGUUAAACCAGAUUGAAAUGGACGUAGCUUUAACCACUGUAGUUAAUAAAAUGGUCCUAACAGAUGGCUGCGCAUUGGAAGGCUUUAUCUUUUCAGAUGAUCUCUAUCACUCUUCGACAGCCAUUCUUGAGGAAAUGGCAGCAAAAGUCAAACAGGAAACCUUGCCAAAGGAUAUUGUAAAUCUGGUCAAUCAAGGUGACAGAAGAAAGCAGGGCACUUUCACAAACGACCUGCUUCAGCAGUUAGAAGUUCUCAUGGGUUUAAUUAAGAGAACAAGUGGUGAACCAGAGGCUACUUUACAAGACUACAUCAGUAAAUGGAGUGCCAUCUUAACAAUUGAGUCACCAGAACUGUUUGCAUCCAUCAAGUUGAAACACAUAGUUUCUCUUUAUCAGCAAUUGGAGGUGCUGUUAGCAGCCGCUACUGUACAGACUUUAGGUGAAGAGUUUCAAACGAAGCUCCCUGUGAAAUCUGAGCAUGAGCUGGAGAGAUGUUGCAGUGAAAGACCCGGCGAUGCCCUCCUCCAGAUCAGAGACAUCCUGAAGAGGUUUGUUUUCCGCUACCUCAGGGCCCGGCAUAGCUUUCAACCAGACUGCAAGAAGAGACUGCGUGACCUGUUGAAGGACAUGAGUGGCCAUGAUCGUGUGAUGCCCCUGCUCCACAAGGAUCUACAACUGUGUCACAUUGUGAAACUUUUGGAGUUCUUCGAUAGAAAAAUCAAGCAAAAGGAAAAAGAUAAGUCGUCAACCAAGAUGAAGCGCAAAACCACGUCAAAGAGAGAAUCACAUGUGUUUGGUGCCUACUGAAGACACUAGGGUAAGGCUGCGAGACAGGAAUAGCAUGAAUGAUCUGCAGACAGCGUCCCACUCUCUUCGCCAACAGAUGACCAGAGUGAUGCAAGUCUACUGUCACAAAAACCAUUUCCUCAAACUUCGAGCCUCUGUAAAUAUAAAGAUCACUGAUUGCAAAUAUAAAUUCUCGUUUUAAACAUUGUAGAGAUAACUUGUUAAGUCUGAUAAAUACCACAUUAGUUUUAAGGACCCUUCUUUACGUAUAUGUACACUGUAAAUAGUUGAUACACACUAUACAAAGCCAUCUUAGAAAUAUCAUUUAAAAAAAUGAUUGAUGGGCUCUUUGGUAAAGUGGAUAUAGUAUAAGAUGAUGUGUUAUUCUUUCAUGUUGGACACAUCAAAUGACUCUGAUAACAUUAUUUUUGUGUGAGCUUUGACCACACACUCAACCUAUGUUUUGUUUCUGUGUAGUAUAGAUACUGUGCAUUUGGAUAAGUGCAGACCACCAUUAUGGUGUUUUGUUUAUAUUAUGCACUUAGAUGUUAAACAUGUUUUUUGGAUAAGCCCAGUUGCAAAAAUGACCAUUGAUGCAUCAAUUUUCAUUUAAAUGUGUAUCUGUCGGUGUGUUUACCAAUGAUCACUUCUGACUGGUAUGACAUUUUACUGACUUCUCUACUAACGAGACACUUUCAACUGCUGGCGAGUGAUAUAACUCGGCUGUAUAUAUAAAUGAAGUAUUCAAGUGUUGACAGUUUUAGAAACACCCAUAGUUUCUGUUAGGGGGAGGGGGGGGGGGGGUAGCAUUAUGUGCUUAUUAUAAUUGUGUCAUGAAAUACCCAAAAGCUGAAUUGGGUAUGAUUGAAGUUUUUGAGUAAUGUAGUAUUGAUGUAUAUCAAUGUGAUGUUUAUCUCUGUAUAUGUGCACAUAAUAACCACCAUGUUUUUGUUUGUUUAAUAGUAUAGUGUUGCUUAUUGGGACAACGAGGACCAAUAUGAUUCUCUGUAGUUUUAGUUCUUGGAGAAACAAAAAGUGAUAAAAGAUAUCAUGUAUUGAGUAAAUCUAUAGUUUAUGUUGAGACAAACCAUGACAGUAAGGGGUACUGUUUUCAUAUUCUCUGUAAAUAAUUGUUGGGGGCACACCCCAUGAGCUGAUAACUUAAAACACUUUGUUUCUCUAUAAUAUACACAGAACGCUUCUUUAUGACAAAUUGAAUAUAUCUAUACAACAAAUUGGAGUACCAUAAAUGAUUUAGGACACGCACAAAUUUUGAGGACUGAAGUGUCAAUUUCAAAUAUUUGUUUCCCUCUUUUUUGUAUGCAUGUACUUGCCAUGUGAAUUUGGACACACAAAGUCGCCAGUUACCAGCAAGUUUUUUCUUUCUCACUAUUUUUUAAUAAGUGUUCGUGACACUAGAUGAUAACUGAGCAUGAUGAGUCAUCAGUUAAUUCAGAAAUUAGUUCCCAAAACAAUCGUUACUGCAUUAGUUUGUUUGGGCACAGACAAGGUAACACAAAUAUGUAUUGGGAAUAACUAAGUGUUGGGAUAAUAAACAUAAUAAUAUCUUAUAAAUGCCUGAGUAUUGACUCAUUGUACAUAGUAUUAGUGUGUUGGGGAAACAACUGUUGUUAACUGCAUUACAGUUACACACUUUAUAUCUUAUUGUCUUGGUGAGGGGGCAAAGCCAAGUAAUGAUGACUGAAAUUGCAUUGUUUCACCAGGUGUAUCAAUUGUGUUACACAUACACCAAGCUUUCAUACCUUUUAUUUGAUACAAAUGUAAUUUUUGUUUAAUUAUAUAUAAUUAUUUGCUAUAAGUGUGCUUGUACACACCCACGCAAAGAUGACUUACAUGAGUGUGUUUCCUGUUUGUAAAUUUUUGACCUCUGUAUCAUAACUUGGAAAGAUGAUACCCUAACCGAUAGUGAUGUUAUUGUUUUUCUUAAAGUAUGCUUGGAAACCCAAGAUAUGAUGUUUUUCUUCACUUGAUAGUGGCUUGUUGGGACAUACUAACACCUGAUACUAGAUAAAGUUUUUCUGUGUACCAUUUAAA